GGUAUUUAAAUAAAGGUAAAUCCACCGCAGUGGUGUUUAUACAAGGUUUUGGAAAUGCUUUAGGACAUUCUAUUUCUUCAAACUUGCAACGAACUCGAUCACCGCUAACUUCGAAACAGCCACUUUUAUUGUCCCCUCCCUCCUCUUGA